CUCGGAGAAGGGAGUGAACCGGCAAAGGAGGCAGAGGGGUGAGGAAGACCAGGAGAAGGCCGUGUCACCGGGGGGAAGAAAGGGCUUUCAGAUGAGCAGAGUGUUCACGAGCAUCACAUGGUGUUGAGAGGCCAAGUGAGGGCAGACUGAGAAAUGCUCUCUGCGUUGAGAACGUGAAGGCCACGGGUAACUCGUGAGAGCCGCUCUGUGCAGUGGUGGGGCUGGCAGGCGGAUAGUGGAGGCGGCGAAGAUUACGCGGCCGUGACCACGUCGAGACGGAAGAGUGGACAUCUUCUGUAAGAAUCGGGGCCGUGAGGGCAGCAGGGAGACAGCAGAGAUCGAAGGAGGAGGAUGGGUAAAGGGAUUUGGAUGUGCGGUUGUUUUAAUGGGAGAGACUCGAGCAUAGUUCACAGUCAGUGAACAUGGAAGAGGGGGAGAGACUCAUGCUGUUUGGACCCUUCGAAAGCCAGAAUGGGGGCAUUCCUCCUAGAGGUGGAUGGAACAGCCGUCGACUGGAGGAGAAGCACCAGAUCUGGCCUUUGGCGAAGAUGGGGUACGCCUGGGAUACAAAUGAAGAAUAUCUCUUCAAAGCGAUGCUGGCUUUCUCUAUGAGAAAAGUUCCCAACAGAGAAACAACUGAUAUUUCCCAAGUCCUACUUUGCAAUGUAACCCAGCGAGUGUCAUUCUGGUUUGUGGUUACAGAUCCUUCAAAAAGUCACACUCUUCCUGCUGCUGAAGUGCAGACGGCCAUAAGAAUGAAUAGGAACCGGAUCAACAAUGCCUUCUUUUUAAAUGACCAGACUCUGGAAUUUUUAAGGAUUCCUUCCACUCUUGCACCACUUACUGAGCCAUCUGUGCCCACCUGGAUUAUUAUAUUUGGUGUGAUAUUUUCCAUCACCGUAGUUGCAACCAUGCUGUUGAUUUUAUCUGGAAUCCGUGAGCGCAGAAGGAAGAACAAAGGACCGUCUGAAAUGGAAAACACGGAAGAUAAGUGUGAAAACACAGUCACAAUUGAAAAUGGCAUCCCCUGUGAUCCCCUGGACAUGAAGGGAGGACACAUUAAUGAUGCCUUUGGAACAGAGGAUGAGCGGCUCACCCCUCUCUGAAUGGCUACUGUUUUGCUUUCCCGUGAAACACUACACUUAUUUCUGUGCAACUGCUGAACAUCCAGUUUGUCAAGGGCAGAUUAUGUAUUUUGUUUCACCAUUCUUCUUUUCUAAGAAAUUUUGCAUGUGCGUGACAUUGAAAGGCAAUGAAUUAUACUCAUGAAGACCAUUGGAAUCAUAAGCUGUUGACUAUCCGAAUAUUCUAAAGUAUUUCUCUGACAGCACUGCGUGAGUGUACUCAUGUGGUGUUUGUAGUUAUUUGUAGUUGUUGAUUUUUAAAAUGCAUUAGUAUUUAAGCAUUUCCAGAUAUAAGGUCAGGCCAGCAUAUAUAUAUACUUUGAAGACUGAAGAAAAACUAUUUUUCCAUUGGAGAAUGCCUAUACGAUGGAGUCCAAAUUGUUGACAAUGGAUCCUUUUUGAAUAUCACUUAUAUCACUCUGUUGAUGACUAAAUAAGCAGGAACUACAAGUAAUUAUUGUCAGUGGGACAGGUAAAAAUCGUUGGUAUACAAGGUGGAAUUUGAUCCUGUUAUCAUACCAACAGUUGCUUAUAUAUAUUUUGUGACUCAGUCUCUAAUAGGACAGUCUAUUCAUUGAUUAUUUCUGCAAUUUGUGAAAGUACAAUCUAUGCUAAUUUAAUAAAGUGCUCUUUCUCA